CAAUAACAAAUCCAAGGUUGGCGUUUUCUGAUCGUCACAUUCAAAACAGUCAUAAUUCCAAUUAGAACAUGCCGCCAGACAUUAAAGUUUUAAACUAAGAUUCUACUCCAACUGGCAAUGAUACCCCAUUACCCCCAUCUAAUCAUACUUAGUGUUAGUGUUUUACUACACUAAUCCCUUCCUAAACUCAUUUGCUGUAAAACUUUAAUAAUUCCCCAUAUAUAUAUUCUCUUUAUCUCUUACAUAUUGUAUCACACAUUCACACUACAUAAAACAAAACAAAUCAAUUCUAAUGGGUAAUCAAUUUAACAAUGUUUCAAUUUCUGCCCUGUUAAUUAUACUCUGUUUAUCAUUCCCUUACACAGCAACUUCUCUCAGUACAACUUAUUACGCCAAAACAUGUCCAAACGUUGAGAAAAUCGUUAGACAAGCUGUCCAGAAGAAAAUCCAGCAAACCUUCGUUACUAUUCCGGCAACUCUCCGUUUGUUCUUCCAUGACUGCUUUGUCAGUGGAUGUGAUGCUUCGAUUAUUAUCCAAUCCACGGGUACCAACACCGCGGAAAAGGACCAUCCGGAUAAUCUGUCACUAGCCGGGGACGGGUUUGACACCGUGAUUAAGGCAAAGGCCGCGGUUGAUGCUGUUCCGGGAUGUACUAAUAACGUCUCUUGUGCUGAUAUUCUUGCCCUUGCUACUCGCGAUGUUGUUAAUCUGUCUGGUGGACCGUUUUGGGAAGUGGAAUUGGGAAGAUUUGAUGGGUUAGUAUCAAAAGCAUCGAGUGUUAAUGGAAGGUUGCCUCAACCAACAGAUGAAUUGAAUCGGCUUAAUUCUUUGUUUGCUUCAAAUGGUCUCACUCAAGCUGAAAUGGUUGCUCUCUCAGGGGCACACACAGUUGGGUUUUCUCAUUGCAGUAAGUUCUCAAAACGGAUAUACGGGUUCACACCGAAGAACCCAAUUGACCCGACCCUAAAUGCACAGUUUGCAACCCAAUUGCAAACCAUGUGUCCUAAAAAUGUGGACCCCAGAAUUGCUGUUAACAUGGAUGUCCAAUCUCCCAGGAUUUUCGACAACGCUUAUUACAGGAAUUUGAUUAAUGGUAAGGGCCUUUUUACUUCGGAUCAGGUCCUUUAUACGGAUCCAAGAACAAAGGGCCUUGUUACAGGUUGGGCCCAAAGUUCGUCAAGCUUUAAACAGGCUUUUGCUCAGUCCAUGAUAAAAUUGGGCCGGGUUGGGGUCAAGAAUUCAAAGAAUGGGAAUAUUCGAGUUCAAUGUGAUGUAUUCAACUAAAAUGCCUUCUCUUUAGUAUUUAGUACUAGUACUAGUAUUCUUUUGAUUUUCUAUUGGGAAUAAAGGAAGUAAUAAUAAGUUUGAUUGUUUAUUUUUGUCUUUGUAUAUUCUUAAAUUGUGAAUCUGUAAUGACCUGCAAUAAUAUGAACUUGAAAAUGUAAGAAUAUUGUUGUGGUCCGAUCCACUUAUGUGCAAAAGUGUUAAUAA